AUGAGAAACGAGUACACUCCUUGUAUCAAUGCUGCACAUUUCGUUACAGCAUCAGUACCUAUACUGCAAGCUUAUCAAUUUGUCAGCACAUUCAAUACAAUGCACUAUGUUUGCGUUUACUUGGACAACGAUGAUUGCAUGUCGUCUACAUGGACUGGAACAACAGGAGAGCAGUUGAAUGCUUGCCGUACCAGUUAUGAGGUGAAAAGCGAUGCAACAUCUGAUAGUGCAUGCCUCCUGGCAAAUGCCUUCACUUCUUGUUUCGAACAGCAAUUCCAAGUUGGAUGUGGCCUGAAUGCUAGAGACACCCAGUUUUGGGGAUGCGAAUAUGCUAGGGUGGAAGUUUUCACUCGAUUCCCCCAAUGCGAAGUCAGCUGUGUCUUGCCUUACGCUGGUGGUAUCAUUGGUUAA